GCAUGGAAAACACCACUUCAUACAUACUCCACUAUCGCUGUUCGUUCAAUCCAAUGUAUCGUAUGACUCAAAUAUUUGAGAUAAUGGCUUUGUUCCCCAUAGUUUUCUUCAACCUUCUCACAGUUAUUUGUAUUUUCAAGUACCCAACAUUACGAAAUUACACCAAUAUGUUUGUAGCGAGCCUUGCCUCGGGCGACAUUGCAUACGGAAUGUUAGCCUUGAUACCAGCAGUCACGGUCAAAUACUUAAAUGGUACCUCAAGAUCAGUUUGUAUUUUAAUAUUAUCAACAAAUUUCUGUUCGGCCUACUUGUCUCUCAGCAAUCUAACGUUGCUCUCCAUUGAACGGUACAUUGCAGUAGUUAUGCCAUUUAAAUAUAACAUUUACGUAACAAAGCAGACGACCAGCGCCGCCAUUUUGCUUUCUUGGUUGGGAAAUAUAUUGGUUACGGUCAUCAUAUCGUUUUUCAUGAAAUGGGAAAAUGUGACGAGCUGUGUAUUUGAAAACAUUUACCCAAAAUGGAUAAACUCGUUCAUUUUUAUUACCGGCUUUCUGUACACUGUCACAACUAUUUUCUCUUAUGGAAAGGUGAUGUGGAUAGCAAGGAAACAGUUGCGAGCGAUUGGCCCCAGUACAAAAUCAAACAGUUCAGAAGCAGACGAGAUAAACAAGGCAAAGAUGAUGAUGCUAAUUUUCGGCCUUUUUAUAUGUUGCUAUUUUCCUGCCGUGGCUUCAAAUGUCAUAGAAUAUAUGUCCACAUCACAAAACAAAGAUACCGUCCUCAACUGUCUCGCAGCUUUCCUCAUUAAGAUCAACUAUUUCAUUAAUUUUUUCAUCUAUAAUAUCUGCAGUAAACAGUUCCGAAAGGCCACCAAACAUUUCUUGUGUUGCGACAAACUAAGCCUUUCCGCCAACCAACAUUGAUAUCUUUUGUUUUUUGCACUGAAAUCAAACAACUGGAUGACUCGGAUUACAGACAUGGCCAUACUAGGUUCUUCACGUGCAAGACAGAAGGGUUUUAAACUACAGGAAACUGUUUACACGGAAAUUACAUGCCAGUUUACACCGAAAUUACAUGCCAGUCUCUUGUAGCAGCGAAUCCUAAACUUAUUUUAUCUGGUAACUCUUUUAUAAAUUUUCCUAACAUCGUGUACGCCAUAGCUAUAGUUUAUUGACAAUUCACUCGCUACCCUCAUUUUAAUAGUACGUUAAUUGUCGCAAAAAAUUAUUUUUAAGUUUGCAUUUGAAAACGUAUGAAAAUAUAACUUUGAAAUUAUGGAAGACAUUUAUGUAUCAAGUGAUUCUUUAUCUUGCAAAACACCAGAAUUUCUUCUCACGACAUCCACAUCGAGGAACACUACCCAACAUUGCCUCGUGCAUCACUGUACACUUUGGGAGAACAUAUACACCACAGAAUCUACGAAACUAGCAUUAUCUGUCUAUGACUCGGAAAGGACGCUGAACUUGGAAAAGGAUGUAUGGUAGAAACCACUCAUAAUAAAAAGCAAUACUGGUGGAAUGUACCAGUGAAGACCUCAAUAAAAUGUAAACACAACAGGCCUGAUAUAAUGAUUUGGGAUAGAGAAGAGAAACUGUGCACAGUUGUGGAAGUUAGCUGCCCAUCUGAUGUUAAC